AUGGAAAACUUGGUAACCCCUCUUACUUUUACUCCAUUCUUGAAUUUGGCUUUGUUUCUUGAUAAUCUCAUGGGGAGCGCCAUUGCUGCAAGAUUGAGUUGCAAAACGGAACAUGAGCCAUUGCUUCCACUUAUAUCUCAAAAGAUACAUUGGCAACCUGACCUUUCUUUCAGGCCUUUUAACUACACCGCUGCUCCGAUAAUUGAAAACAUGGGCGGCACGGUCGGUACCUCGACCGUUGUAAAACCUUCACCAACGGCUUUCGUAGGAGCACCAAUGGAGAAAAGUAGUAAAGCUUCUUUAAUAAAAGAAUUGGUUGCACUUGGUCUUCUCAAGGCGGUAGCCGCUCCGUUCGAGCGAGUGAAGCUGCUGCUGCAAAACCAGAAGGACAUAAUCAAGUCCGGCCGGCUGCACAAACCGUAUAAUGGAAUAUUACACUGCUUUGCUACAACAAUCAGAAAUGAAGGCAUCUUUUCACUUUGGAGAGGCUACACUGCAAUGACCAUGGGACAUGUUUCCGCUACGGUAAUACGUUUCGGUAUCUACCAAUAUACGAAAAUUCUAGACGACACCCAAUGGAGUUACACGCGGGUGGUAGUGUCUAGUUAUGUCGCCUCAGCCGCUACUCAAUUCCUUGUUUAUCCAUUUCUAUAUGCUGCAACACGCAUGGCAACCGAUGUCAAGACUAUCGGUAGUAACACCGGCGAUCGACAGUUUAACGGUAUGAUCGAUGUCUUUAGAAAAACCCUGAAAUCAGAUGGCAUUGUUGGACUGUACCGUGGAUUUAAUAUCACACUUGGUGAACUUGUUAUGAUGGGAGCACUAUCUAAAGGUUUAAACCCAUGGAAACAACAUUAUUCCUACAUUUUGCGGAACAAUUUUUUGUCGAGGCAUAUGGUAGAAUUGGGGUUCUGGAUUAGCGGGAACAUGGCUACUUACCCAUUGGAUACAGUGAGCAGAAGGAUGAUGAUGACGUCGGGCUCGGGCACUGUGAAGUAUAAGAGUACAGUACAUGCAAUAGGUCAAAUUAUGAAAACUGAGGGUGUGAAGACGUUUUAUAAUGGUGCAGGAGCUGAGAUACUUGCAUGUGCAGCUAACAGGGCUACUCUGUUGUUAAUGAUUUACGUAGCUGAUGUUAUUGGAGCUGCAAAGAAGCAAUACUAG